AUGUCGCAAGUAGAGGCAAGCAAUAAUAGCGCACUGGAUAGAAAUAACAUUCCUGCAGAUAGUAAUGUAUCAAAUGAUUACAGAAAUGAACAACCUCGAGGUGACAUUUGUCGUAUCGGAAUCAAAGCACCAGCAUUCUGUAAGAGGGAUCCAGACCUCUACUUCAUCCAGAUGGAAUCUCAAUUUAGAAACGCAGGAAUCACAACUGACCAAACAAAAUAUGAUCAUGUAGUCGGCAGUCUUGACAGCGCUACCUUAAGAAAUAUCGCGGACAUUGUUCGUGCUCCCCCUGCUGUAGAAAAAUACGAAGCGAUUAAGAAGCGACUAAUUCAAGACUUUGCAGACUCCGAAAAUCGAAAACUGCGGCGACUAGUUCAGGAGUGCCAGUUAGGUGAUAGCAAGCCAACACAUUUGUUGCGCACCAUGCGCGAUUUAGCCAGCGGCGCCAUGAAUGAUGGAGCAAUAAAACAAUUGUGGCUGGAUCGUUUGCCUGAAGCAGUGCGAGCAGUCGUUUCAAUUUCGGAGGCUGACUUGGACAAAUGUGCGCAGCAGGCAGAUCUGAUGUUGGAAAUGGGAAACUACAAUUCUGUAGCUGUUAUCAACACAUCUGCACAGAAUAAUGAUCAUAUCAUGAAAGUCAUAGACGCCUUGAGUAAACAGGUUGCGGAAAUAAAAACUGCACAAAGACGAAGCAGAACAAGAUCUCAAACUCCAGAUCGCAAGCGACAUCAUUCAACCCGUACUGAUUCACAAGUAAAACGUUAUCCUAUGUGUUACUAUCACUAUCGUUUCGGUGUGGAAGCAAAAAAAUGUUCCUUGCCGUGUAGUUUCAAUCAACAGAGAAACCAAUAA